GUCACCCAGUCCCCAGGGCCAGUGAGGGCCCUGCGUUCCAUGGCGCCCCCUGGAGGGAGGAAGGGGAACUGUAUCUGAGAGAGAGCAGCCAAUUGGGGCCGCUGACUCGGGCCGGGUUCCCGUGCCGCGUCCAACACCCCUCGCUCCCUGUCUCACUCCCCCACGGAGACUCAAUUUACUUUCCAUGUCCACAUCCCCAGUGCUUGCGGAAGAUAUCCCGCUAAGAGAGAGACAUGUCAAAGGCCAUCACUGGCAUGAGAAGGGGCAGACCCGUGUGAGCUGUGGAAGGAGGCCUCUUUCUGGAGGAGCGUGACCCCCGGGGCUGCUGCUGAGCAUGGGCGGGACAUGGGCAUCCAGGGAGACGCUUCGGCCACGGUGCCGCCCCAUCAAUGCCACCUUGGCUGUCGAGAAGGAGGGCUGCCCCGUGUGCAUCACCGUCAACACCACCAUCUGUGCCGGCUACUGCCCCACCAUGACCCGCGUGCUGCAGGGGGUCCUGCCGCCCCUGCCCCAGGUGGUGUGCAACUACCGCGAUGUGCGCUUCGAGUCCAUCCGGCUCCCUGGCUGCCCGCGCGGCGUGAACCCCGUGGUCUCCUACGCCGUGGCUCUCAGCUGUCAAUGUGCACUCUGCCGCCGCAGCACCACUGACUGCGGGGGUCCCAAGGACCACCCCUUGACCUGUGAUCACCCCCGCUUCCAGGCCUCCUCUUCCUCAAAGGCCCCUCCCCCCAGCCUUCCAAGUCCAUCCCGACUCCCGGGGCCCUCAGACACCCCGAUCCUCCCACAAUAAAGGCUUCUCAAUCCGCA